AUGUAUUUGCCUACAUUUUAUAAACUUGGAUAUGAGGCUUGGACUGCAAAAAGCAAAAGAUUCUUAGGAAUAUUACCUGCAGUAGGAUGUUGGGGUAAACAAAAUAAAUGAUCUUUUUUAGCUGUUUGGGCUCUAUAUCCUAAUUUGUAUAAUACACUCUACACUGAUUUUAUCCCUCCUCCUAAAGGUUUUAAUAUUUAUUAUCUUAGGUGUCUAAAGAAGAGUAUAAGAAUGA